AUGUUCGCCCAACGCCCUUCAUUCCGAUUCUUGGCCGUCGGCGCACUCUUCUCACUCGUCACACUCACAUUCCUCCUCUUGAAUUCACGCCGAUCCCGCGAUUUGACAUCUCAGUACAUCCUCAAGACCCCACGGCCAGGGUCGCAUUGUCCGCCCUCGCCCUCGACACAGCUUCUUCCAAACAGUACCAAUACUCAAAGCCAAGCGUGGGAGUUCCAUGUCGAUCGCGAUGGAAAUGACCACGGUCUUUCAGAGGAGCAGUGCCGAAUUGCCUUUCCAAAACUCUUUGGCGACAUUGAGCAAUCUGCAGCGCUACGAUCGCAAGAGCCUAUUUCUUAUGAGGAGCUCCGAGGACGAGAGGUUGAGGAUGGAAUGGUGAGGUGUAUUAUUGAUCGGGGCGAGUUAUAUAUCGUCGAAUUCGCACCUCAACCCGUGACAGCAUCCCGUGCCCGUGCAACCCUAAACUCCCUCCACCGCGCCCUCAAAGCAAUUCCAAACCGCACCCACCUCCCCAGCAUCGAGUUUAUAUUCACAUCCGAGGACUUCGCAAAUGACCCCACUGGCCGCGGACCCGUAUGGUCCUACUCAAAACGCGAAAUAGACUCCUCAGUCUGGCUAAUGCCCGACUUUGGUUAUUGGGCCUGGCCAGAAGUCCAAGUAGGACCAUACCACGAAGUCCGACGACGCAUCGCGGCCAUUGAUGACGGCGAAACCAACCCGGACGAUGGCUCCGUCAUCACCCCCGGCAUCCCCUUCCAGGAUAAAAAGAAACAGCUCGUCUGGCGCGGAAGUCUAAACACAAAUCCCGGAAUCCGAGGUAAACUCCUCAAAGCCUCCAGCAGCAAAAGCUGGGCCAGCGUCCGGGUCAUUGACUGGGACGACGAAAACGACAUAAGAUACAACCUCCUCCCAAUCGAAGACCACUGCCGAUACAUGUUCCUCGCGCACACCGAGGGCCGCAGUUUCUCCGGGCGGGGCAAGUAUCUACUAAACUGCCGCUCGGUGGUGAUUUCGCACCCGCUCAUUUGGCGCGAGGCGCAUCACGCUGCGCUGAUUUCGUCCGGCCCGGACGCGAAUUUCGUCGAGGUGAAGGCUGAUUUCUCGGAUUUGUCGCGCAUGAUUGAUUAUCUGAUUGAUAAUCCGAAGAUUGCGGAGCGGAUUGCGGAGAAUUCGGUGCGUACUUUUCGCGAUCGGUAUCUUACUCCGGCGGCGGAGUCUUGUUAUUGGCGGCAGCUUGUGAGGUCGUAUGCUUCUGUCUGUGAUUUUGAGCCGUUGCUUUUUGAUACGGCGAGGGAUGGGAAGAAGGUUUCUCGUGGUGUGCCUUUUGAGACUUGGAUGCUUGUGCAUUGA